AGGACACGCAUGCGCAGAGGGGGGUCCCUUUCCUCCCAUUCAUAAAAUAGCCAUUUUCCCAGGCAGCAGUUGUUGCAACAUCGAAGCGAAGCAGGGGGAAGCUACUGCUGCUGACAGCACAGCACUUGCAGGUCCUUCUCAGAGACCCAUGGUGUUUCGUGCCAGGGAUUUGCAGGUCCAGCCCCUUGAUCUGUCUCGGAUUUAGGAUUAACUCGCCUGCUGAGAGAUGGUCUUGCCUGAACUGUUUAAAGACACUUAAAGCAGUUUUGUCCCCCGAGUGGUGAAGGACACUCUGACCAAUGGAGCCCCGGAUUCCCCACAACAUAACUGUGGUCCCAAACUCCGUCAUGGUACAGCCGUUACUGGACAGUCGGAUCCCAUAUGGGAGGCUGCAGCAUCCGCUCACCAUCCUGCCUAUUGACCAGAUGAAGAUUACUCACGUUGAGAAUGACUACACCGACAAUCCCAGCCUUGCCCAGCUGGCAGCACAGAAGCGCCCCCGAGGCCACCAUGAACCCGCGCUGAUCAGCCAGCACCUGCAGAGAUGUGAGCAGGAUGUCACCCACCCCUGGAUCUCUUUCAGUGGGCGGCCCAGCUCCAUCAGCAGCAGCAGCAGCACGUCUUCUGACCAAAGGCUCUUGGAUCACAUGGUGCCGGCUCCCGUGGUGGAUCAGUCCUCCCCGAGAGCGGUCCGGAUACAGCCCAAGGUGAUUAAUUGCAAACCCAUGGAUCUGAAGGGACCCAUGUCUCAGGAGCUUGACAAGCACUUUUUACUGUGUGAAGCCUGUGGGAAAUGCAAGUGCAAGGAGUGUGCCCUGCCGAGGACUUUGCCUUCUUGCUGGGUGUGCAACCAGGAGUGUCUCUGCUCUGCACAGAACCUGGUCAAUUACUCCACGUGCAUGUGCCUGGUGAAGGGAGUCUUCUACCACUGCACUAACGAGGAUGACGAGGGUUCCUGUGCAGACCACCCCUGCUCCUGCUCCCAUUCGAACUGCUGUGCCCGCUGGUCUUUCAUGGGUGCCCUCUCUCUGGUCCUGCCUUGCUUGCUGUGCUACUUGCCAGCCACCGGCUGCGUGAAACUAUCCCAGAGAUGCUAUGACCAAGUGAGCCGGCCCGGAUGUAGAUGUAAAAACACAAACAGUGUCAUCUGCAAGGUGGCGCUGGAUGGCAAAGCAAGCAGGCCAGAAAAGCCUUUCUGACCAUUUUGGGGGGUGGGGGUGGAGGGAGCAGGGGGAUAUGCGAAAGGUGGAAGAGACACCAAAGGGAAGGUUAUAACCUGUGUUCUGAGGAUAACAUGUGUUAGCCUUUUGCCAUCAACAGAGAAAGCCGAAGUCACUAUUUCCAUAAACUGAAGCACUUUGGGUUAUUCAGGGUUUUGGAAUUGAUUAUCUAAAGUUAAACAGAGGGGGGCCAAUGGAGGAGGAUUCUUAAUACUUUACAGAGCCCAGGCCGAAAACCAACAUAGACCACAGAGUACAGCUGCUUAAAAAGUCUUUUCACCAUCUGGUUCAUAGUGCUGGCUGCUCGCUGUGCCUACAUCCAGCAAGAAUAAUUAACUAUUAGCUUGGCAGGCACAUCAGCAGAAGCAAUAUUCAUUUUCAUUCACAAAAGAAUAGUGGAUUCAGAGUAGGGUGGGUUUUCUUCCUUUUUCAACUCUGAUUGGUGACCAGCAGCUGUUGAAGGUAAAGGGUUAACCUUUUUCUCUCCACUUGACUAUUAAAAGCGCCAGUUGAGUACAAAGUAAAUGUUUUCCCAAAGCGUUUUCCUUCCCCCUUCCAGAACAGAUUUUGAAGCAGAAAUAACGUUUUUCAAAUCACUUUCUAUAACUGUCAUUGCUAUUUAGAUAUAUUUCUAUUCCUACCCCACCCGUCACGUUCCCCUUUUGAUGCCGAUUUUAUUUUCUGACCGAGGUAGUGAUGGAAUCUCUCCCCCUCACCUCGCCUCAAUAAGAGGACUAUGGGCAUAAUGUGUUCUUCCCGACUCCCCUCCCCCCCAUGUCAAUUUCUUUUGAAAUUUUACUUUGUCACUUUGCUAGUGAGCCUAAGUCUGUAGCCUCAGAUGUCACAUUUAGUAGAUUUUAAAAAUGUAUUAUUACAUCAAUAGUAAAACUUUUUCCAAGGGGCUUUGAAUGAAUGUGACUUCUGUAGUGUUAUUUCUUGCUCAGCAAAUGCUGAUGUAGAAGUCCCACUAAGCUGAGAAAUUUAAUCCCCCCUCCCUUCUCAAACUGUAGUAGCAAGGUCAAGAAAAACUGAGCACAAUACACAUGUACAUAUUUUUUUUAAUGAAUAUCAAUCCAAUACCUGUUCUCAUGGAACAAGGCUCUUCGGAUCUACUUUGCUGAUAAUAUUAAGGACACUUUUUUUGGCAGAAUGACAUUUGCUUGAAGUAUUUUUUUUCCCCUUCAUUUCUAUUGCUGCUGCUCAUCUUUUGCCUUUUCUGUAUAAUAGUGUGUCUUUUUGUAAAGUGUAAAUAGAGAAAUUAAAAAGUGUUUAUUUUAGUGUUAAUGAGUACUGGGGGGAAGUCAAGGGUGCAUAUUUAUGGAACCUUGCCCUUGGUUUUCAGUAGCUGAUGAUCAUAGGCUUUGUCUGUGCACUCGUACAAGAGCCAAGUCUGCACUUCCUUAUGCUGCAGUAACCCCUUUCACUUGACAACUGCAAGGUGCUAAACAAAAAACCGUUGUCCUAACAUGCAACAAAUCAAAUAGAUAGGUACUUGUUGCAUGCUGAAAGCUGAUCUAAUCUGUGUGUGUAUUUUUUUUAAUUAGAGAAAAUGUACUCCGUAAAUGCACAGCAAUGACAGAGAAAUGCCAUCUUUAAUUAGAUAAGCAAUAGGCAAAGCUUAUGUAGCAUUUUCCAGAAAUUACAUUUGCUUAGUUGUGAUACAAUUGCUGUUUUGUUUUUUCAAAAUGUACUGAUUGGAGCUUUUUUUUAUUUUUUACUUAAGAAUUUAUU